ACUGAUAAAAUAAACAGAAUAUGGGAGACCCCCAACUAUAUGCACAUCUUAUAUAUUCUAAUUCUUGUGCGCAGGAACAACUGAUAUUACCUCGUUAUGUAGCCGGCAUGUUUUCCUUUAUUAUUUUGCUUAUUUCAUAACGAAAUGUGACGUGUGAUUUUAAGAUUCAAGAGCGGAUCCAAAUAUUACUUUUGCAGGGUAAUUUAGUCCAGUUCCUGGUAACAGUGACUCAAAGACCACGUGAUCAGCGUAGUCCUAUAAAUACCUUUUGAGAGCUAAGGAGGAUAGUGUGAUAGUCUGGCUGGAUACCUACCCAAUCCCGUGCGUCAAAGAUAUUUUAAAAAGAUACUCGGAUAUCUUUAACGUGACCUGUCGCAUCAACUAAUGACAGACGGACACGUCUCAAGACAACACAAGUCCAGAGUGGCGCGAGAUCGAUGAUCUUUGAGUGUUUUUUUCACGCCUGAAUACCAGAAGUUUUCUUCUCCAUGAGAACCUCGCACGGCCCUGCUUGACCAGCCUCGGACGCGCAGGAGUCGCCAAAUCCACAGGUCAAAGAGUUGUUUAUCUUUUCAAUAGUUUUUUUUUCUUUUUUUUGCCAUGCGUGCAUUCAGUAGCUGGAGAUAAAGCUGCAUCAAAGUCUGGUGUGGUUUUAAAGGGGGAGACAGAGGGAGAGUGUGUGUAUGCGCUCUCGCUCAGCAGCCUCUCUGGACUAAAGGAGAAGGAAAUCUGGGAGAGAGGGGGAAGAGAAGCGGCGUCUCCAAGGAUGACUUUAGGGACGGAUAUGUCCGACAGCUCUGCAUUGUCCGAAGAUGUGGACAUCGAUGUGGUCGGGGGUGACAUAUCCGUUGGAAAGGACGGAAAGUACAUUCACCACGAAUUCAACUUGGACAAUGACUCGGACGAUAAUUACUCCCAGAACGCGGCCGAGAGAGUUUCCUCUCCCGGGCUCAGCAGCUCCGACUGCCCGUCAGACCAGAUGGGAUCCAGCGCAGAGGUCGGAACCGUGAUCGGAGACAAAGCCAGAAAAAGUGCACUUGUGAAGCCACCCUACUCUUACAUCGCCCUGAUUACCAUGGCCAUCCUGCAGAGCCCCAAGAAACGUCUCACUCUCAGCGAGAUCUGCGAGUUCAUCAGCAACAGAUUCCCUUACUAUCGGGAGAAAUUCCCCGCGUGGCAAAACUCUAUACGCCACAAUCUUUCCUUAAACGACUGCUUCGUGAAAAUCCCACGAGAGCCCGGCAACCCCGGAAAAGGCAACUACUGGACCCUCGACCCGGAUUCCGCUGACAUGUUCGACAACGGGAGCUUCUUGCGCAGGAGGAAGCGCUUCAAGAGGCACCAAGCUAAUGAAAUCCUCAGGGACUCCGGUGGCUUUCUCCCCGGGUUUGGAUACGGCCCGUAUGGAUACAACUAUGGACUUCAGCUGCAGAACUUCCACGCAGCCCACAAUCCGUACCACCCUCACCACACAGGUGGUUCAUUCCCCUUCCCUAACGCCCCCUGCACCUUGCCCCCAUCAGCCUCCAUAUUCCCUGCGCCGCAUCCUCUGCCUGCCCUUUUAGGGGCCGAUUUAAGAAAGCCCUUUUAUCCGCAACUAAGCCCGUCUCUGCCGCCUCUCAAGACGGACUCCAGCGCCCAGAGUCGGCCUUCAUUCUCUAUUGACAAUAUCAUCGGCGCGGCCAACUCCACCGCCUCCUCCUACAGCGCACAACCGGGCAGCCAGGCUCAGAUCCUGGCCAUGUUGACCCCAGCACUGGCCUCUGCUUCCAACCAUUUGAACCUAUCACAGGACAGCAUAUUACAACCCGGGCCACAGGGUCAGACUUUUUCCAGCAAGAGCCCAAAUAUGAACACUUGUCCUUUUUAGAAAAAAAAAAUGGAGAGAUUGCCCGCUGAAAAAUAUUAUAUUAAAAAGCCAUUUGUGGCAUCAUCCUAUGUGAAGGUAGGCUGUACAUUCUCGAUGAAAUAACAGUGUUUUGGCUCUCCCCAUUUCCUAACAAUGUAAGAGGAGAGAAAGGUUUAUUUAUGGUGUGUAAAUAUGUGUAUAUUAUUGAGAGAGAAAAGCAAAAGAAACUCGGUAAAGGACCUUUUUAAGCAUAUGCUGGCCUGCAAUCUGGCUUUUGGCCUUCAUUAGUCAGUGGGAAAAGAAAAAGAUAUUAACGUAAGUUAAAGGUGUCACCCGAUUUUUUUCUAAAUAGGUAUAAUUGAGAAUUUUAUUCUGAUUUAUAUUGUUUUUAUUUUUGUGCGUCGUGAGAAGUAAGCACUGUUGUUGUUGACAUAGGCUGACAGAGACGGCAAACUCAGGUUUUACUUAGAAAGCACAUGGAGACAAAGGGGGGGUUUCUGACACAAAAAUAACUAUUUCCCACUAUCACCCCCUCCACCCCCUCCUAUCUCCUCUACAUGGUGAUUUUGUGACAGUAUCAUUUCAUGUCGUCGGUGGACACGUAGGCUAUGUGGUUUUGGUAUAAAAGAGCGCAUUACCUCUCUCAACGUUUUAAUUGUUGUUCGUUAUCUAUUUCACAAUUAAAUCUGUGAAGCAUACAGUAUGUCAUGUGUUGCCAAUAGAGAGAGAGGGAGACAUCUAAAUGUUCAUAGGUCAUUUUUUUUGUUGUAACGAUAAAAAUAAUAAAUGUUUGUGAAUUUGAAAAAAAAGAAAAUCGUUAAUUGUUUAUUGCCUGGAAAAGUUACUUGCUCCAUUUAACAAAAGGUCAGUUAAACAAACUAAACAGCAGCUCUUGAGGUGAAUUAAAUUAAAUCUGUCUGUUUUUGCAACUUUUAAAGAAACGUGCAAAUGAAUCGGUUUUGAAAGGACUCACAUGUCCUAAACAUGCACGUUGCAAGGGUUUCAUUUAAAAUUUUUUAAACCAAUUUUGAUUCCCUUUGAGUUGUUUUUUUCAUCUAUUUGCACUUUAAGACCAAAUCUUGACGUGCGCUCUUGUUCAAAGCAGACAGCUUCCUAAAUGAGAUUUAGGCUAAUUAAUCCAGGUGUGUGUCUGACAAAAUAGUCUCUCAGUGAUGCAGUUAAUUAAUUUAGGUGUGAGAAACGCUCGAAAUCCAGUUUAAAUAUUUCAAACACGACCUGAUGGAAAUAACAGUGAUGAAUAUCACGCAACAGUGGGCAAGUAUUCCUCUUGUGUGGCUCUUGCUCGCUUGUAAAGGACCAUUUUCUAGCAAGUUACAAAGGCCCUAAAUGAAUGGGGGGCGUUAGCAGGCCUCGGCGGUCUGUAAUUGAAAGUGAACAAG